CACCUUCCUCAUUCUUCCACCUACUUUCACUACUUACCUACAUCCUUGUACACCCACAUACAUUUUUUUUUUUUUUUUUUUAUCUUUGAUUUCAAUACCAUGUCUUCUAUAGGUGGUAUGGUUGAUACUUUGCUCUUCUAUAUGAUGGAGAGGAAGCUGUUCAAUCGAUUGGUUCGCAACAUGGAAAAGAGUCCUAGAUUAGUCAAGGUGGUCAUAGCAGUUUGGUUAUGGCUAGAAGAAAUUGGCCACUAUGACCUAAUUAGGACUCUCUUUUCAAGUGGUGACCAGAUCCUUAAUGCUGUAUUUGAUGAAACAGCGAUGUGUCUUAACUUUAUUCGAGAUUUCGCUUCAGAACCAACUAGUGCACACGACACGCCAAUCCUUUCCACAAUUCUGAAGGAAUUGAUCAAUGCAAGGUUCUUUUAUUAUAAUCGAGAUUUCGUGCGAGAGGGUGUGUCACAUGUACUUGUGACUGUCUGUGAUAUCAUCUUUCGGGAUGAUGGUGCAGUAGAACUUGAUGAAUCAGCCAUAAGGCCUAUUCCAAGACCUUUUGGUGAAGGCUCAAGUGCUCAAGGAGCAGUACUAGGUAGGGCUGGUUUUUUAAAUGAUCAUACUAGUCCAAAUAUUGGUACAUCUUCAUCAAUGAUGUGGAUAUCAUCAGUUCCUCAUGAGGUUGCAGCUGUUCAAGCAAUGGAGCAUAUGACAUUGAAUGAACAGUCUGCAAGAUCAUCUCCACAAGUGGAACCAUUGCCUCAGGAUCAAAGAUCCAUGUUUUUGACAUUCUCUAGGGGUUAUCCCUUGAGGAGGGAUGAGAUAAUCGAGUUUUUUACGUCAAGAUGGGGGCAAGUUGUGGAGGAUGUGUUAAUAGAGCGCACAGAUCCAGGGGUGGCUCCACAGUAUGGAAGGAUCGUUUUUACUUCUCCUCAUAUCAUACCUCUGGUCCUAAAUGGCCAACCAACCGCGAAGUUUACGCUGCGAGGAAAACAUUUAAGGGCCCGUGUUUAUGUUCCAAAAAAGAACUAAAGUGAGACAAUCAGACUAUCUCUUCGCUAAUAAUUUAGGUAGUAGAUUCGGGAUUUAUGUUGAUGACUCAUGUUUUUACCAUUUCUCUUUGUAGUUGCAGAUGCUUCCUUAGUGUUAUCGUUGUUUGUUUUAAAUGUAGUUCUAUGCUUCAGAUUUAUAUGAAUCUAAGGAUACUUUCAAUCCAA